CAAGUUUUAAAGCUAGAAAUAAAGUUCUUGGCCGAAGUUAUUAAACAUCCACUAAGUGCCAAUGGGAUUUGAGUAAAAUGGUGGAAGUCUUACUAGAGUCAGGUGGCCAGGACGUGGCGAUCGCCGAAAGCGGUUCUAGAUCUGGAACACCAACAGAAUGUUCUCCAGAAGUGGAAAAUAUAUUAACCGAAAAUUUGAACCUCACAGCCAUACAGAAAUUUUAUGCCGGCCAAAAUGUUUUCAUCACCGGAGGCACUGGUUUCAUGGGCAAGCUUUUAAUCGAGAAACUUUUGAGAAGCUGCCCAGGUAUUGGAUUCCUGUACCUUUUGGUUCGUUCCAAAAAAGGAAAAGACGUUCACGAGAGAAUUGAAGAAUUGUUCGAAGAUGCGCUCUUCGCCAGACUUAAAGAGGAGCAUCCAAAAUUUCGCCAUCAGAUCAUUGCAGUUGCAGGUGAUUGCAGCUUACCAGAACUUGGAUUAUCCCCAGCAGAUAGAGAAACGUUGACUCGUGAAAUUUCGAUUGUUUUUCACGUAGCAGCCACAGUCAGAUUCGAUGAAAAAGUUAAAUUGGCAGUUGCUAUCAAUGUCCAGGCUCCCAAAAAUAUUUUGGCCCUCAGUAGAGGAAUGACGAAAUUGAAGGCGACCGUCCACGUGUCCACUGCUUAUGCAAAUUGCAUUCGAGCCGCAAUUGAAGAAAAAUUUUACGAACCUCCAAUGGAUGCAAAUAAACUUAUCACGAUGACGGACUGCGUUGAUGAGAAGCUGAUCGAUACUGUUACACGACAAUUAUUAGGAGGAUGGCCCAACACUUACACCUACACAAAGGCAGUUGCUGAAGAUAUCGUGAAUAAAGAAGCUGGCGACUUACCUGUUGGAAUAUUUCGGCCUGCGAUUGUUGUUUCAACAUAUAACGAACCUAUUUCCGGCUGGAUAGACAAUAUGUAUGGUCCGACUGGAGUAGCGGCUGGAGCAGGAGGAGGAUUGCUUCGAUCUAUACAUUGUGAUGGGUCGUUAAAAGCCAACAUUGUACCUGGUGAUUUGACUGUGAAUGCCUUAAUUGCCUGUGCCUGGGAUAUCUCCACUAAGAAGAGUGUCAACAAAGAAUCCAAUGAGAUACCUAUUUACAAUUUCGUUUCUAAGGAUAACCCUGUAACGUGGGACGAAUUAAAAGAAAUGUCAGAAAAGUAUGGCAUUCAAGUCCCAUCCGUAAAGUCCAUUUGGUACUACAGUUUUACCAAUAACAAGUACAGAAUAGUCCACUUGUUUUACGUAUACCUUUUCCACUUGUUACCUGCCUUACUUGUCGACACAGUUAGUAUCUGCAUGGGUAAAGAAUUAAGAUUACUGAAGAUUUACAAAAAGAUUCAUAAGUUUAUGGAUGUGCUCAACUACUUUACUACGAAAGAAUGGGACUUUUCGAAUAACAGGGUAAACGCUUUGAUAGACAAAAUGACACCGCAAGAUCGAGAGAUUUUUCCCUGCGAUAUGAAGAGUAUUAUUUGGGACACAUUUUUCCAGACUUAUAUAAAGGGAAUUAGAAUCUACUUGAUUAAAGAUCCAAUGGACACUCUUCCAGCAGCAAUCGUGAGGUGGCGAAGGUACAGGAAAAAUUUAACAUAUUUUAUUCAGCUUUCAAAUUUAAAUAGGCUUCAAUUUCAAAAUCUCGUGACUUACGACAUCAGAAUUUUCAAUAGAGAAGAAAUUGAAGAAAUCAGUUUCCAUCGCUUCGUUGUCGAUGGCGAAGUGCCUUUACUGAAGACUCUUUCAGCUACGAAGAAAGAGGAAAGUUAG